ACAAAUGUCUGUCCAAGUUCAGGCGGUUCAGUUUCACUUAAAUUCCUGUCUUUCAUAUAACCCUUUGGAUAUUUGUGAAAAUUAGUAUUUUUCCACACGGCACAGUAAAUUCUGUGCUUUUUUUUUGUCAAAUCCAUUAUCUAGCGGGACCUUUGAUACGAGAGAACAAUGUCCUGCCAACAACCUCUCAACUAUGAAAGAAACGAUAGGUGUCACAAGACCGAUUCUUUGGAAAAUGCUUUAUCCGAGCCGGGUAAGAAUACAACCGAAGAGACGUCUAUUAUCUAUAGACCCCCUGAAAUCGAGGAACUGCUACGGAGCCCGGACGUAAUGCAGCUUAAGGAAACAUUUUUAGAAGCUUUAGCCAAAAAUGAGAACGUGAAGGAAUCAAUUAAAAUCCAGGAACUGCUACGGAGACCGGACGUUAUAAGGAUUAUGCAACUAUGUGACGAAUAUUCAAGCAAAUAUAAGGAGGAGAACAAUUCUAAGCGAAAAAAUAUGUUUAGCCUUCUCACAGAGAUUGGGUUUAUGCUAUUUAUGGACCGCCCUAUUGAAAUGAUUAGUUGCUCCCUCAUCGCUCUUUUUAAAGUCCUCGCUUGGACGGUAACAUGUAGCACUAAUGCCGUGUGUUUCAUUCAUAGGAACUUGUUAUAUUUUUUACAUCCUUAUCCGGAAGAACUUCUAGUUUAUGCCAUCGAUAGUUUUGCCAACAUGGCUAUAAGUAACCCAAACGAGAUGGAAGUCGUACCUCCCAUAAGAGAGCUACAAGGGGAGGUAAAUGGAACACAAGCCCCCCUUACGCCGUCCAGGUCGCCAAGCAAAGAAGCUUCGUGUAUUGAUAUAAAUCUUCAAGAAAAUGUGAAUGAAAAUCCUGGGGAGUCUGCGCUAACGACACCCAGAUCAAAAUCUCCCGUUACUGAAGAGCCGAUACCAGAGGAUAAGUCCGUUCCAAGCAAGCCUCGCAGAGAGGAAAAUUUACAGGCAUGCACAUUAUGCACAACAUCGCAGUGUACCAAAUCCGAGUCAUUAUUGGUAGAUUGUAGUUUUUGCCAGGCUUUUAAGAGAACUCUUGCUCAAAAGGAUGAUGAUGAGGAUGGCAGUAAACUAAGCUCUUUGAAGGAGGACAUCCACCAGACAUCGGUCAAAGUAAUGAGAACGUUGUAUGCGGGCUCCGGAAAGCCAUGA